AUGGCGGCUUAUGCUGCUCUGGUUUCUAUUAUGCAGAUCAUUCAUGAGAUCGAGCAUCAUCCUUUCCCGCCUAUUUCUAUGGACAAAAAACAAGUUGAAUCUCUCACUGAAAUCAUUACGUUCUUGCAGGAAUUUCUUGAAGGUUAUAAGUCUCCCUUUGCUGAUGGCGAUGAAGCAGAUCCGUUGGAGAUGCGCAUCGCAGAUACAGUUUAUGCUGCUAAAGAUGUGAUCGAAUCUCACAUCGUGGAUCAAAUUCUAAAAGUUGUUUCUGCGGAUUUCUGUGCGAGUUUGCUGAAGGUGAUAAAUGGCAGGAAUUUGAUGAUCAAGAAAGAUGUGACGCAGCUCGAUGCAGUCAAAGAUCGGCUACAGACACAAGUCUUAGAAUCUGUUGACUCCUCAACAUCCGCAGAGUUGUAUGAGAGUCUGGUGAAGGUGAUAGAGAACAUGGAUUUGAUCAAGAAAGAAGUGAUGGAGAUCGUUGCAGUCAAAGAUCUUAUGCAGAGACAAGUCUCAGCCUCCACAUCAGUUGCUGCUUCUUCCUCAACAUUGAACAAUUCUUUGGCAUCUUCUCUAUCUAGGCUGAAGAGCACAAUCAUGGUGGGAUGUGAUGAUGUGAUGCUUCAGCUCAUGGAUAAGCUUACUGAUGGACGCCUUGGUCGUCAUGUCAUCCCAAUCUUUGGAAUGGGAGGAAUUGGUAAGACCACUCUUUCCAGAUAUGUUUAUGCAAAACCGUUUAUUACUCAUCAUUUUGAUGUAUGUGCUUGGGUUACAAUUUCUCAACAAUAUCACACAAAAGAACUUAUUUGUGAAAUUCUCUCUCAAGCCAAUAAAGAAUGGAAGAAACAGUUGAGUCCAAUGAGCGAAGAUGAAAUAGGAUUAGCACUCCACAAACAUUUAUCAUAUAGGAGGUAUCUAAUUGUGUUGGAUGACAUGUGGAGUAUUGAGGUAUGGGAGAAGCUACAACUCUAUUUACCCGACCAUAGCAAUGGUAGUCGUAUAAUGGUAACAACUAGGAUAUCAAAUUUGUGGUCUUCUUUGGAUAACAAUUAUGGCAUUGAAAUGACAUUUUUGGAUGAGGAAAGUAGCUGGAAUAUGUUCUGCAAAAUUGUGUUUGGGGGUAGAAGUUGUCCUUUAGAAUUGGAGAAAAUUGGAAAGAAGAUUGUAAAGAGUUGUAGGGGACUUCCGUUAUCAAUUGUUGUGGUUGGAGGUGUUUUGGAAAAACUUGAACGAACAAAUGAAUGUUGGAAAUCUAUUAGGAGAAGCUUAAAUUCAAUAGUGAAUUCGGAGAAUGACAUGCAAUGCUUGAAAAUACUGAAGUUGAGCUACAAUCAUUUGCCACUUUAUCUUAAGCCUUGCUUUCUAUAUAUGGGAAUAUUCAAGGAGGAUAGUGAAAUUCAAGUCUCGAAACUAAUCAAGCUAUGGGUUUCUUAA